AUGCCACGUGAAAUUAAAGAGGUGAAAGAUUUCCUAAACAAGGCACGCCGUGCUGAUGCCCGUGCUGUGAAAAUCAAGAAGAAUCCCUCCAAUACCAAGUUUAAGAUCCGUUGCUCACGUUUCUUAUACACAUUGGUGGUUCAGGACAAAGAGAAGGCCGAAAAAAUCAAGCAAUCCUUGCCGCCUGGCUUGCAAGUUAAGGAAGUCAAGUGAAUGUGUUAACUUUUAAUGCGUGUGAUAGCGAAAGAAUAUGGAAAGCAUUUCCAUGUGUUCUGUGAGCACUUACAAGGAAAUCAUUUUUGUAUUCAAGUAGUGAAAUACAAAGUAUAAAUACGUAAAAAAAACUAUUUUUUAUUUGAUUGGCAAAAGUUUAACCGGGAUAGUAGAAUUAUUGUGGGUCUUAUAUGUUAGAUUUGGAUGAAUAUAUUUUUAUCUGAAACUAAAACUUAGAAUAAUAUAAAAAAAAUAUCAAAAUGCUAAUUUAUAAUAACAAAAAGUGCACACAGUAAGUUUGCUAGUCUGGGAACUUCAAAUAGGUUUUAUAUAUCGGCUUUACAAAAUAAGAGGAAGAAACCGUUCAGUACAUUCUCCAUCGGAAGUGUAUUUAGAUAUUUCAGUGUAAAGAUGCAUAUACUUUAUUUUUGAAUUUGAUUUCUCUGUGUAAAAAUUCAUAUACUUUAUUCGUAAAUCUGAUUUAAGAUUUUGUACCAUUAAUAGAUUACAUUUCAGUGACAGAUUAAAAUUCUAUUAGAACUUAA